AUGGUUAACCUGGGAAUUAUUGGUGUAGGCUUAGUUGGUUCUGAGCUCAUUUCACAGUUACUUUCCUAUUCCAAGCACGCCUCUUCUUACUCCCCAACAUUUAAAGUUGUCGCUCUUGCAAAUACCUCCAAGCACCUUUUGAGUAACGCGUCUUACGAUUCAAUAGACCUCUCUUCGUGGAAUUCAAUCCUAAAAACAAACGGUGUUCCCGUAAAUAUCGAUGCUUUUGUUGAGUAUCUCUCGAAUAGCCCUGAUACCGCAGUUGUAAUUGAUAAUACUGCUAGCCAGGAAAUUGCCCAUCUAUAUCCACAGUUUCUGAGAAAAGGUCUUCAUAUUGCAACCCCAAAUAAGAAAGCAUUCUCGGGUGAUAUAAAACUUUAUAAAGAGAUAUUGGCAGAAGCAACGAGGAACCGUAAAUUAGUUUAUCAUGAGAGCAGUGUGGGUGCUGGUUUACCUGUGCUGAGUACGUUAAAUGAUUUGAUUAAAACUGGCGAUGAGAUUAUCAAAAUCGAAGGAAUUUUUUCUGGAACAUUAAGUUACUUGUUUAACAAUUUCUCUUAUUCGAGUAUCAGCAAUGAAUCACCUAAAUUCUCUGAGAUUGUUAUGGUUGCCAAGAAUAGCGGAUACACGGAACCAGAUCCUCGCGAUGAUUUGAAUGGUCUAGAUGUAGCCCGCAAGGUUAUUAUACUCGGUCGUAUUGCGGGUUUAGAUCUUACUCUUGAAACGUUACCCGUCGAAAAUAUUGUUCCGGAAAGUUUACGCGCUGUACCUACCUCCGCAGAAUUCCUAACUAAAUUGCCCGAGUUUGAUAAUCACUUUGAAAGUCUUAAUCAAAAAGCGCGAAGCAGCAAUCAAGUUUUGAGAUAUAUUGGGACGGUGGAUGUGAAAGGUGGCAAUAGUUCAGUCAAGUUGAUGAGUUUGCCAGUCUCUCAUCCGUUUGCGUCACUUAAGGGAAGUGAUAACAUUAUAGCAUUUACCACACGACGAUUCCCAAAUCCACUUAUUAUCCAGGGUGCUGGAGCAGGUGCUGCAGUAACGGCUUUUGGAGUUUUUUCGGAUUUAUUUAAAAUUGCGGAAAGAAGUAGCUGA